AUGGUCGUAAUCCCGGCCAACGGACACGAGAGGCGCCGUGUCCUAGUAGACCGCGUGCACUCAAUUGUGUCAAAUCGCGAUGAGCAGUAUCUGGUACGCUGGACGUCGGACACGUCGACAACGAAACCUCCGCUCAGCUGGCACUCAGUUAAGGACUUGGUGCGAUGCCUAGAGCAGAUUCAGGACUACCUCGAAGUGAGGGAGAAGAACCUACCGCUACCUUCAGACAUAAAACCUUCGAGGAAAAGAAAGAGUCCUGAUGGGGGUUCAUCGUACGAACGCCGCUCUUCACCAUUCGACCGGCGACUACAAGAGAGUCGCACGCCGUCAGCCUCUCGAUCUUCAUCCGUGUCAUCUGCAGCAACAGUCACGUCUCCAGCCAGUGACAUAUACAACGGCGUUUUGGAUGCCGAUCAAUAUGGUCAUGUAUUCUGCAGACAGGUGAGUCUUGAUAGAGAGCUUCCCCUCAUGUGCUUCACUGACAUGCGACAGGCCUCGGGCUCAGACAUACCUGAACUUGACAUUCGUACCGUGCCCACGCCAGAGAUGAACCGCAUUGCACAUCGUUCUAGUGUCGACAAAGCACUUAUGUACAUCCGCAAUGAGUAUGUCCGGAGACUAGCGAAAGUACCAGGCAAACCCAUUCACUUGUUCAAUGUGGUUGACAAAGCCACUCCCUCACUGCGCUUCCGAUACAUCUCCGAAUACGUCCUAUAUGAGCAACAAGGUGUCUACCGCGCGUCAUUAGAAACACAACAAGGCUGCCAACAGUGUUCAUCCCACAUGGGUCGUAACAUCGGAUGCGAAUACACAAAGAAGUGUGACUGUCUGGAAUACGCUGCAGUGGAUGAGAGCCGCCUCGAUGAAGAAAGAAAGCGGGAAUACCAACUUGCGCUCGAAAACGGAGAUUCAACAAUGGGCUUUCCGAAGAAAUUCCCUUACUUCGCCGAGGGCACGAAACGAGAGAAGACCGGCUGUCUCGUACCCUUUUACCUCAACUCCCGUCGUCCAAUCUACGAGUGCAAUGAUAAGUGCAACUGCGGCCCCAAUUGUCGCAACAAGAACGUUCAAUUCGGGCGUCAGGUCGAAGUGGAAAUAUUUAGAGCGAAUGACGGGCGUGGCUGGGGUCUCCGCUGCAAACAAGAUCUCCACGAAGGCCAAUUCAUUGACACUUACCGCGGAGAAGUCAUAACAGAUGCCGAGGCCACGCGUCGCGAAACCUCGUCGUCAAAAGCAAAAGCCUCCUAUCUGUACUCGCUCGACAAGUUUGCUGAGUCAGAAGGCCUCAAAGAAGAAGACCUCUACGUUGUGGACGGCGAGUUCAUGGGCGGACCAACAAAGUUCAUCAACCACUCGUGUGACCCAAAUUGCCGGCAGUACACUGUCUCCUAUAACAAGCAUGAUCCAAGAGUCUAUGACAUCGCGUUCUUUGCACGAAGGUUCAUUCCAAAGGGCGAGGAAUUGACGUUUGACUACCUUGAUAAGGAAGAGGGGGAGGAGAUGGAUGAGCCGGGUGAGGGGGCGCUUCCUUGUCUUUGCGGGGCGAAGAGUUGCCGCAAGUGGCUGUGGACGUGA